ACAAAUACAAAUUUUUGCCGCAUUCCAAUUAUUUUUUUUCGCUAAAUUGUUUUAGCACGGCAUUGUAAUAUAUUAUAUUUAUUUUUCGAACAAAUAUCAUUCAAUAUAUGGACGGUGCAGUAUUAAAUAAAAUGUUGUUGCUUUAGUAUUGCUAGAAUAAUAUAAAAUUUUGCUGGUUGAACGUUACCGUUUGUACUCUGAUGAGAUGCAUCAAUCAUCAAGUAAACCUGAGUCUCGUUUGGCUGCAAUCACUUUCUUUGCGAAAACACAUCCUGGUGAUGUAUGUGGUAGCAAUGGUUUACCUCUGACGCCAAACUCGAUUGCAAUAUUGGGUCGUGCGCAAAAGCUCAAAGAUUUGAAACAUCCGCAUUUGUGUCAAUAUUUAGAUUUUGUGCGUGGGAAACAUGAACGUACAAUCGUUGUAUCUGAAUACUUUGGCACCACUUUGCAGGACAAAUCACGGGUUGCUUUACUUGAAACUUUGAUUACUCGGAUAUUUUACCAAAUUGUCUGCGCACUUAAAGAGUUAGCAGAGCAAAAUUUGGUUGUACAUAAUUUGGAACCAAAACAUAUACUCUUGGACGACUGUAAUAAUGUAAAAAUUUUCAACUACGGAUUAUAUCAUAUGACGAAGUGUGGAGACUAUGUGCCCUUUCCCAUCGGAAAUGUUCGUUACAUGCCACCGGAACGAUUUCUUGGUGCGAAAAAUAACAUAAAAAGCGACAUUUGGUCACUGGGCAUGAUUGUGGCUGAACUGCUACUUCAGACAACCUUUUGGUCUGGCAUGAAAAUCUCGAAUAUAACGCGUAAAAUACUUUCAUUUCUACAAGUAGAAAAUGUAUUCGAAAAAAUCGCACGGGAACACAACUGUCUGGAACGAUAUGCGCAAAUUAAUGGAGAAUUACGUGCUUUGGUUGGAAUCUGCUUAAAUGUUGCACCAUCAAAACGCCCACUGCCAACGGAACUUUUGUCACAUCCAUAUUUUUCAAAAGAUGUCACUACAUACGCAUAUACUGAACCACCCAAAUCCAACGUUUUACUAUUGCGUUGCCCACUUGAACAGAUUUACUACUGGUGGCAAUUAGCUGGCGGCGAUGUCCAGAGUGAAUUGAAAAAAGAAGGCCUUAUUCGCAGCGAAGCACCAAUAUUAGCCAUACCGCAAAUAGUUUGCCUCAAUGGCGCAAUUGUCGGACCAAAACGCAGUCAGAGCUAUCUCAUGGAUGAUCGUGUGGUGCCACUAAAAUUGAAUAAUCUCUUUGAAAAGCUAUGCAAUCUACCGGCCAUGGCAUAUUUCCCCCUAAUACAUUCACCGAAGUUUCCACACAAUUUCGGCGCGAGUAUGGCGCAAUUGCCGCUGGUUAUACGUGAAAAAGAUAUCGAAUAUCAAUUUUAUCGCGUGCGACUUUUCUCGAGAUUACUUAAGGGUUAUCCUUAUACGAGUGACAUGAUACGCAAGGAGGCUGCCAAGGAUAUACCACCAUAUUUGCGUGGUCCCAUUUGGGCUUGCUUGCUCGAUGUAAUACCGAUUGGUAGUUAUGAGAAGAUUGACAAGUUUACGCCGACCUCCACCGAUCGUCAGAUCGAAGUAGACAUACCUCGCUGUCAUCAAUAUGAUGAGUUACUAUCGUCGCCGGUGGGUCACUGCAAACUGAAACGGCUUUUAAAAGCCUGGGUGACUGCUCAUCCCCAAUAUGUGUAUUGGCAGGGUUUAGAUUCACUGACGGCGCCAUUUUUAUAUCUCAACUUUAAUAAUGAAGAGUUGGCGUUCCUCAGUCUAUACAAAUUUAUACCGAAAUAUCUUCAGUGGUUUUUCCUUAAAGACAAUUCGGCGAUUAUUAAAGAAUAUUUGUGCAAAUUUUCACAACUCACAGCAUUCCAUGAACCAAUUUUGGCUAAGCAUUUAUCAAGCAUCAAUUUUAUACCGGAGCUAUUCGCUAUACCUUGGUUUCUCACUAUGUUUUCACAUGUUUUCCCGCUCCACAAGAUUAUGCACCUCUGGGACAAGCUCAUGCUGGGCGAUAGCUCAUAUCCGCUAUUCAUCGGCAUAUCUAUACUAAAACAGCUAAAGAGCACGCUGCUCAGCUCUGGCUUUAACGAAUGCAUUUUACUCUUUUCCGAUUUACCGGAUAUCGUAAUGGAGAAUUGUGUCUUAGAAUCACAAAAGAUGUACGAAUGCACACCAAAGAGUGUUUCACAUCGUCUGCAUGUGCUACGCGAGGAACCUCUAACUGAAUUUGUAAGACGAACACAAAAAAGAAAACAAAAAUUUUUGCAAGCCGAGAUGUGUCCGCGUAUUAGCGCCAAAGACUUCACGAAUCUCCUGCAUCACGCGCCAACCGACAUGUGUGCGCUGGAUUUGCGCAGUGCUGUAGAAUAUUCACAUGUGCGCGUGCCACAUAGCCUUAAUGUGCCAUUUGUCGCUGCACAAUUGUCCGAACCGCGUCUGGAUGCACUAGGUGUGCCGCAAUUGGAGGAACUUAUGCAUGGUCGGAUUGUCAUAUGCAUUAGCAAUACACACGAACACGCUGUGCAGUUCUCAAAAUUUUUAGUGGAGUGCGGUGUGAUGCGUGUCUGCAUCCUGCAUAAAGGCUUCAAUAUUUUGCACACCAUCGAACCGAACAUACUAAUUUCCAAUUAACCAACGUGGCGCUUCGUGAGCCGAGGUGUGCGUUCUGCUCAUGGCAGUAACCGUUACAUCAAUACUUGCAUAGAAAGCGUUUAUUGUACCCUGAACAGGGUAUAUUAAGUUUGUCACGAAGUUUGUAGCACCCACCGACCGUUGAAAGCUCUAUAAAAUGUAUAUAAAACUGAUCAGCGGGAGGAGCCGAGUCGAUUUAACUUUUUUCAUCGAUCCGUCCGUCCUUCUGUUUGUCUAUAUAUACGCAAAGUAGUGCCUCAGGUCUUGAGAUAUCGAUUUGAAAUUUUGCACACGUCCCUUUCUCCCCAAGAAAUCUUUCAUAUGUAGCUUUCAUAUAAACUCAAUGAUCAAAAUCAAGUUCUUGUAUGGACAACUUUAUUGUUUGAAGCGAUAUCUUUACGAAAUUUGGCAUAAAUUAUUUUCAAAGUCAAGGGUACAAUUUUCGAACAAGUUGCUCAGAUCGGAUAACUAUAGCAUAUAGCCGUCAUACGAACUGAACGAUCAAAAUCAAGUUCUUGUAAGGAAACUUUUCUAAUAGUGCACGGUGUUAUUGCUUCGCUGCAAUCAAAGUUUAAGUUUUUUAUGUAUUUUGUGAAAUCGGUUAAAGUACGUGUCUCAGACUCUCCCAAAGGCUUGGUAUAUAUUGAAAUUGGUUAUAGCUUACUGUCUCCUCGUAACAGUAUAUACUCGGUGGCGGCAUGGCAAGCGUGGCGUCGGUUUCAACUGAUUUGUUGUUCAAUAAUUUUUAUAUCUCCAUUGACAAUUAUGCCUAAAUGUCAACACGUUCUGGCUCUCGCCAAGCAAUUUAUAUCUAAGCUUAGUUAACAAGAAAAAAAGUUCGCUUUUACUGUGGUUAUUACUUUUUAUUCCUUUAUAAUAUUGUUUAAAUAUCUUUUGCUAAACGUAUACUAAAUAUAUAUAAAUAAUUACAUUUAUAUUAACUAAAUAAAAAAAUAAAAAAGUUCAUUACAUCUUACACCUUAUAUAAUAUGCGAUUACAUAUCUGCUUUAAACAUAUAAUUAUCAAAAAUGAAAUACUCACUUUUUAUACUCUAUAUGUAUAUAAUAUAUAAUAGCUAAAAGGACAUAUAAAUUUGUAUUUACAAUUUUUUUUUGGUUUUUGUUUAGUGGAAAAAAGCAUUUUCUAACGUUCAGUACUUUUGCUUAAGACAUAGUGAGCAUUUACUAUAAAAUAGUAACUACUAUUCCACAAUAAACCAACGAAUUAUACACACACACAUCUAUACAUAA